CCAACAGUUAUUUUUUUGUUUCUCCCUUUACAAUACUGCUACAACGCAUGUUCCUCUGACGCCUUUGUCAAGGCCUCGUAGCAUUAUGCCACCAGAUUAUUUAUCCUACCAUUAACUUGAAUCUAUAAAACACAAUUUUUGGGCAGUUGAGUCCAACCUACUGGUGCGAACUCAACGACUGGCGUAGAAUAUUGCAUCGAAACAACAAAAUGGACGCAGCAGCGAUACCACAACCCCGACAUGCAGUCCAAGAUCAGCAUGGACUAGCGAUCAAACUACUACAGAGCCCCAAACAAAGACAUACGCCGGGUCCGGUGUCGCCGAAGCGAUUACCGAAGCGCGUGAGCAAAUCAAAGGCAAAGGCAAAGGCAAAGGCGAUGAGAACUCUCGAGAAAAAAGUAUCCGCGAUGGAUCCCGAGGCUGCAUUUCUGGAACAGAGUGGACUUUUUGGAGCUGCUAAGAACCCUCCGCCAAGAUCACCUUCUAUCCGAAGUCCCAAAUCUCCAAAGCUAUCCAAACCCAAGCGAGGCCGGAACAAGAGGAAGAAGACAGAAGAGGACAUGUAUAUGGAUGAUUUCUUGCUCUCCGACGAAGAAGAUAAACAUCCGGGAUACCUGGGCGGCCUCCGGAGAGCGGAACGUUGGAUUCCUGAUAUAGACCACCGGCCGCGAGUGCACCAAAAGCCGAGAAAUGUACCAUCACAGCUGUGGAUGUCGUAUUGCCUCAUGGACGACUAUAUAUACAGACAGUCCCUGACCGAGGAAGAGGUUCUAGCACAUCCACUCAUGGACGAGGUGCUCGAGUUUCAGCAAGGGGGCAACGGCUCGGAGCCGAUUCCUCCGGUCGGCUAUACAUGGAACGAGGAAAGGAAAUUGGUGCCUGUUUUGGAGCAUUCAGACGGGCAAGAGAAGUAAUUGAAGUGGCGCUUGGGAAAAGCUCUCCUAUUUUAGAGGUAGUUAACUGACUCAUGUACAUAUGACUUUGCAAUAGAUGAGUUACCUUAUAUUUUGCUUCCUGCGUUUGGGUAAUUUCUGAGAGAGCUGAUAGAUGAUAUUAUAAUAGUCGGUUUAGUCUCGUUGUAAUGGGGUAAUUUGAUCGUAUUUUCAUACAUAUCUGUACCUAUCUUUAAAACCUUCAUCUGCACCUACAUCAUCCAUGCACUUGUAAGUUAUGAAAUAGAAACAAAAUUCAUACUAAGUUCGGUACAUACUUC